AUGGUCGGCGUCCUUGCAAACAACCUUGCCGUGAAUGAUGGCCCCUUGAAUGAAGAUAAUGCCGCCCUCCUUCGCCCCUCCGAUCCCUCCUUGCCCAUCGAAGACCUUCGCAAGCGAUACGAAGAAGACGGCUACCUCUUCCUCAAGCAAGUCCUCCCGCGCGAAGACGUCCUCGAAGCUCGAAAUGCCUACUUCUCCUCGCUGGAAUCCACAGGGGUUUUGAAGCCCGGUACUCAGCCCGUCGAAGGCAUCUUCGACCCAGCCAAGAGUCAUCUAGACUAUCCCGGAAUCGGCGCAGGCCACGUCGAUGGCAAUGGAAAACCGGGCGGCGAAAAAGCCGCGGCUUUCGUCGAUCUCGCCCUAGACGCUCAUUAUAAAGAGUGGUAUGCGGAGAAGUUCUGCAACCACCCAGCGCUGUACAACUUCGUGGCCAAAUUCUCGGACUGGGGCAAAGACACACUCAGUCUUCGUCGUACUCUGCUCAGGAAUAAUAUUCCCGGCUCAAAACCUAUCGGUGUCCACUAUGAUCAGAUCUUCCUUCGAUAUGGUGACCCGACCAGUAUCACUGCUUGGGUGCCUAUGGGAGAUAUCAAGCUGAACGGUGGUGGGCUAAUCUAUCUGGAAAAUGGAGAUAGAAUCGGGAUUGAGAUGGAGCAGGCGUUCUUCAAGGAGGCUAAGGAAGCUGGUCUUAGUGAUGAGGAGGCGAAAUCGGCCUUCAACUCCAAUAUGAUGGCGACCGGGCUGCUGUCUGAAUUCCCUGCUGGUUUUGCGCGCGAGCAUGGGCGCCGUUGGCUGGUCUCAGCCUACGAAGCGGGCGAUGUUGUUCUCCAUAAGCCACAUAUGAUCCACGCCUCGACUAUUAACCACGACCCGAACAAUGUGAUUCGUCUGGCGACCGAUCUCCGCUUCUGUGACUCUUCGAAGCCGUAUGACAAGAGGUGGAUGAACCACUACACUUUCAAUGAUGGUGUUUAA